UCUCUCUCUCUCUCUCUCUCUCUCUCUCUCUCUCUCUCUCUUAGGAUGGUUUCUUUGUGAAAUAAAGCAUGGGUAAGUCGGCGAAUUGGUUCCGGCGACUUUUUGGCGGGAACAAGCCGGCGGGGUCCGGUGGUUCAACGGAUUCCAGACGCACGAAAGAGAGGAAGAGGUGGGGCCUCGUUAGAUCCUUCAAAGAUAAUGACCGCACGGCGAUGCCGGCCCCGUCGCCGCAGCCCUGUCAGGCUACCUCCGCCGGCGUCUACGCCGACGCAGACGACGCCAACAAACACGCGAUAGCGGUGGCGGCGGCCACGGCGGCUGUGGCGGAGGCCGCGUUGGCCGCGGCGCAGGCUGCGGCCGCCGUCGUGAGGCUCACGAGCAGCGGCGGGCGAUGCACGACCCCGGCGCACGUUAGCGGAGGCGGCCGGCGCAGGGAGGACUUGGCCGCCGUUAAGAUACAGUCGGCGUUUCGAGCUUACCUGGCAAGGAGGGCGCUAAGGGCGCUGAAGGCACUGGUGAAGCUCCAGGCAUUGGUGAGAGGCCACAUUGUGAGAAAGCAAACUGCAGACAUGCUCAGGCGAAUGCAGGCCUUGGUCCGAGUCCAGGCCCGAGCCCGUGCAAACCGAGCUCAGAUGUCCGAAUCCUCUCAUUCUACUAUAACUACCAACUCUCUUCCCCACCACACUGGUUCUCCAAUUAAAUACAUGCAGCAAUUCCAUACAAACAGCACCAAACUGGAUCGCUCCUCAAUUCUGAAGAGAUGCGGUUCAAAUUCAAACAUCAGGGAUGCCAUCAGCCAAGCUGAAGAUCAUAUGGGUCAAGAUUGGUUAGACCAGUGGAUAGAAGACUAUUCAUGGAACCACCACCGAAACACUGGUUCACUGAAAACCUGGCAUGUGGAUGAAGAGAAGAGUGACAAAAUCCUUGAAGUGGAUACUGAGAGGCCUCACUUCAAAUCCAAAGGAAGCAACAGAGCCUUCCAAUCACCACAUCAUGUUUUAGCAUCUGAUUAUAGUAAUCACAGCUAUGCGACAGUGGACUCGCCAUCAAAAUACCCAGCAAGAAUUCACAAACCGAUCCCAAGCUUGUCUUCCAGGGAAGCUUUAUCCUUAAGCUCCGCAAAAUUCCCCGAGGAAGCAGAUGAAGAAGCUUUGUACACAGCUGAGAACAGCCCACAAGUGUUUUCUGCAUCAUCUAGGCUUGGAAGUAGCAGCAGCACUCGGAGGGGCCCUUUCACACCUGGAAGGAGUGAGUGCUCAAGAAGCCUAUUUGAUGGGUACCUUGAUUACCCAAAUUACAUGGCUAAUACAGAAUCAUCUCGGGCUAAAGCCAGGUCACAAAGUGCACCAAGACAGAGGAUUGAGUUUGAGAAUCCUGGUUCAAGGAGGUCGUCGGGGCACGGAGUUUGGGAUGCAGGGACUAAUUCCCAUAGGGGCUGGGCUCUACAAGCUGAUUCUAGGAACAGAGACUACACAUUUUCGGGACGCUUGGAUAGACUUUUGAGUUCCAGUUUAAGGUGAUUCAACAGAUCUUUUUGUCAUUUGCCUUCUCACAAAUAUUGUGCGUGUGUGUGUGUGUGUGUGUGGCAGAAGGUGCUAGAAUUGUGGUUGUCCAUGGGGCAAUAGUGCUUCUUGGGCAUCCUCUGCUGAUUUUCAGACUCCCUCUCCUGAAAUGUAGCCAUGUUCUUCUUCCUCAAUUUGUAUAUAUAUGGUUUGCCUGUGAUCCCAUUCUGCUGAAAUAUACUCCAUCUUGUAUAAACUAAUGCAAGUUACAACUGUGUUAGGCUCUUUUAUUUCUCUAAUUGCACAUAUAUGUAAACACUCCAUUUGGAAACCCAUUUCAAAACA